AUGCGAAAGGUCGUGGGUUCGAGUCCCAUCUCGGUCGGUUUCUUUUUACCGCAAGCAACAACAGGCAGCCCGGAUCCACCGCUUGGACGCCCACCAUCCUCUAUACCGCCGAACCACCCGGCCCCACAAAUACAACCUCAACACACGCCUGCUGCGGGCAUCCCUCUCUCCCUACAGGCAGAAUACAUAGACACUUACCUCUACCCCCCCCUGGGACAUGACACGGAAGCGUCCAACCUUCACCCCGGGCUGCGAGCCAGGGAUCCCACACCACGAGACCAAGACAGCCGUGCCCAAUGGAUUGACACGCAAGACCCUACGGACUUGUUCAUUUACUCAGAUGGGUCCUGGACCAACCCAAACACUCACAGUGCAGAUGCCAGGUGGGCAAUUUUCUGGAGAAAGAAGCAUGACCUGCUCCACCAAGGACACCUACAACCUGACCCAAGCAGAGGUAUUUGA